CCCAACAGUCGGCAUCGAGCCUCCGCGGUGGAUAGUCGGUGCUCCGCUGUGUAUAGGAAUAUGAAGGUUGCUCUAGUACUGUGUCUGGUGGGGGUGUGUUGCUGCCAGAGGCCUCCAUUACCGCCUCCGUCGCUGCCUCCACCUCCUUCGCUGCUGCCUCCUCCAUCGCUACCUCCACCCCCGCAGCGGGUUGCACCGCCGUGUCCCCAGGACCUGCAGUGUGUCCCGCCGGUGGUCUGUUCCGUUGUCGGAUUGAGAGCCCGGGAACCCUUCACUUGUGGCACAGGUGGUUACGAGGGAUUUGUUUGUUGUCUACAGCGUGACAUAAGGCAUGGGGCUGAACAUCGCAGUGACCACAGAUUUAAGUUGCCCCACCCAUACAUGGACUUCUAUGAUGAUGAGUAUGAUAGACUUUACAGUGGCCGCUUGUCAAAGCAAGCAAAGGAAGUGCUGCGAAAUUAUAGAUACAAGGAUGAAUGUGGAGUCAGGAAUAGAUCUCCAGAGCAUUUAACUCGUGUAUCUUCUGGUUAUCUUGACGAUACAGUAAUCACAAGUUUUGGGGAGUUCCCAUGGCAUGUUGCCCUGCUGAUAAUAGAAAGAAAUUUCAACAUUGGGUUUAAAAUCUCCCAAGAAACCUUGAGGUACCAUUGUGGAGCAACCCUUAUUAAUCCUCUGAUGCUUCUCACUGCUGCACACUGUGUUAAAGGGAUCAGACCAGAGAGGUUGAAAGCUAGCCUAGGCGACUGGAAUCUUUACAGCACUACAGGAGAGUUGUUCCCAGCUGUGGAAAGGCGGAUCUCCAGGGUCUUCAUUCAUACUGGGUACAACCCUACUACCUACUUAAAUGACAUAGCCCUGCUGCAGAUGGAGAGGCCUGUGGACAUUUUAAGAACUCCCCACAUCUCUCCAGCUUGUCUACCUGACGACACCUUCACAUUUGAUAAUCAUCUAAAUUGCUUUAUUGUUGGUUGGGGUGAUGAUGUUUACAAGCCUAAUUUUGGAAGCAAUGUGUUGAAAGCCACUCUAGUGACUUAUACAGCUGAUGAAGAGUGCAAACGUAGACUGUAUAAAACACUCCAUAAAGUGGAUGACAAGUUUGUGCUGGACAUUGAUAAUCAGAAGUGCAUCAUAGGAGGCUAUGGACGUGAUGCUUGUGUUGGUGAUGGUGGUGGUGCUGUAGUCUGCCCGUUGAAUAACAAAGCUGGUCCUAGUGCAUGUCGUGACAAGAAUUGUGCCCAUGAACACUAUUUUAUUAGUGGAAUUAUAUCAUUUGGCUCUCCAGUCUGUGGUGAAGGUUCGAUUACUGUAAUUGCAGACAUAACAAAUCAUAUAGACUGGAUAUACACGAUAAUACGUCCUGCUGGAGGCUCGAGGGGCUUUGCUCCUGAUAAACACAGAGGACGUGCGGCGGAUGGAAGUGCACAACUGGACAAAAAUGCUGCCAAUAGUACAGCUUCUACAUAACUAAGAGCCAGAAUUGAUAUAAAUUAUCCCAUUUCAGUAUAUACUUUGCACUGUAAUGUGCAAAAUGAAGGUGGAUGACUAAACUAAUUUAAUAUAAAAUUAAAUAAUUAACAUAAUGGCUAUUGAUCUUUUAUUAAAGGCGGGGGGGGGGGGGGGGGAAGUACAAGAACUCUAGCAGCAUGUCUAAUUACAUUGGUUACAACUCUACCUGUAUCCUAAAACUUGUACAAAAAGUCCUGACUAAUGUCCAACUAGCAGAGAUGUCUAGUUAUUAUAGCCUAAAUAAACUGAAAUCUCUCUAAA